AUGCCACUACCAAUCAUAGCCAUAGUCGGGCGCCCCAACGUAGGAAAAUCGUCUCUCUUCAACCGGAUUGUCGGCUGGAGGCACGCCAUCGUGUCCGACGUGGCCGGAACCACCCGCGACCGUCUAAUGGCGGACACUGACUGGGAGGGCAGACGAUUCAUUCUGUUGGACACCGGGGGGCUGGAAACCGACCCGGGAAGGUGCCAUUAG